AUGGACGUUGGACAGCAACUCAGCCGUCUGAAUAUCCGCGACUAUGAGGACAUAACCAGCGAGUUCUUCGCCAUAACGUCAGCCAUCGAGUACGGCUCCAUCGUCAAGUCGAAGCAAUUCAAGCUUCUGGAAGGCACUCACGCUCUGGAGGUGUUGAAUCCCAAGCUGGACACAGCGCUGCUGGAGCCUGGCAUUCUACAUCCAGUCGUCGAGACGCUCGACCAGGCUGCGUGGGUGAUGGUGCGUCUGCUCGGCAGCGUGUGUGCGUGGCUCGAGAACAACUCGCUGAGCGUAAGCGUUUUAAGCUGCUAUUUUGUCGAGCAGCUUAUUCAGCGCAAACCCGUCACCGGCGAGCUUGUGGAGCGGUGCGUGGCUCCCUUCGUGAAGGGCGUGAUCAGUUUUGUCAGCAGCGUGCUGAAACUCGGCGUCGCGGGCGUCAUUUACGAGGAAGAGGACCUUAAUACACAGACGAUGGAUCUUGACUUUUCCGUGUGCGACGGGGAGCAAACGGUGCUGGAGCUGCGAAAUGCCGUUACGUGGGUGCGCAGCCAGCCAGAGUCUAGACCGCAGCAGCUUUGCGUGGACCUGCUGUCCCUGGUCGAGCACAGCCUGCACAUUUGCGAAAUUACACAGGUCUCCGUCGAGCUGUACGAAACCAGUCCGCAGUCGGUGUCGUCGGUGUCGUUUGCCGACAGUGCACUGGAAACCCUGGCGCGGCUGGCUGAGUCAGAGACCGUUGCGUUCGCCGCCGCGCUGCCGGAGGUGGCCUGCUUUUCCGCAAACGUGCAAAAAACGCUCAACAACCGAUCGCCGCCCAAACCGUUGGCACAUUCAGAUUUCGCCAGCUCGCUCGAAAACUUCACCAAGCUGUUCACGGACUUCCAGUUCAUGCUCAACGUGCUGGCUGUGCGCGACUCUGUGGAGCUGUACGAGUUUUUAAACUUAUUUAUGACGCGACGCCAAUUCACAACCGAUCCGGACGAGAUACUCGGGAACCACGUUGUUGUGCGUGCGUUGAUGCAGCUUUUCCUCAUCAGAGACGACCGGUCGAUACUGGGGUCGCGCCGAUGGAACAUCUCGACGCUUUUGAUGGACGUUUUUUCAAAGAUCUCGUUCCAAAACUCCAGGCUCCAGAGCAGCACCGACGACGAGCUCCGCAACGGCCUCGAAAAAAUGAUCAUCCAGAUAGAGCCGGCGUUCUACAACUUUCUCACGUGCAUCUCGCAGAACCCGUCGCGCCAGCGCCAGUUCGUCAAUAAGGAGCUGAUCAUUUGGGACUCGAUCCAGGUCGAGGCCGAGAAUUUCGAGCUCGAGAGCCACGCCAAGCUCCACGACACUUUUGCGAACUCCGAGCUGCCAGUGAUGCCAGUCUCGUCCUUUGUCUACUACCUGAAGCUCACCAAGAUGGCAGAGCUGCUGUUCAAGUCCAUAGAGCUGUGUCUGUUCAAGGACUGUCGCGAACUGCAUCUCGGCUACUGGCUGCUCGCAAACCAGCUCGACUAUUUGGUGCAGCACAUAAAACGGCUGCUGGACAUCAACCAGCUGCGACAGACGCAGCUGGCGGCGUUCUCGAAGAAAAUCAAGAAGGCCAAGGGCGACAAGAAGGCCAAGCUGCGCGAGGAGUACGAAAUAAAAAAACAGUCUCUACCGCAGCUACAAAAAAUGGAGCUUUAUUUUAAUAUGCUGCUGACAAAGUACCAGAUCCACAAAAGUCUCGCCGAAAACCGCGCCACCGUGCUGCGGAUGCUCGGAAAACAGGGCUUCAUGGACCUUCCGAAGCUCUGCAAGGCCUCAGAAGAGACCCUGUACAAUCUGCAGUUCAAGUCCUUCCAGUCAAUAGGAGUUCCUCAACUGCCCUCAUUCAAAGAGUACAAGGAGAUGAUGAAACAGGAAAAAUGGCUGGCCAGCCAGCUGUCCCCCGAGGCCAACGCCAGCUACCAGAAGGGCGUCCUGAAACAGAAAUCAGACGAAAUAAAUGCCAACAUCCGACGUCUGGAGGCACUGGUAGCAGAAAUGCAGCUCCCGCAAUUUAUCAGCGAACGGCUCAUACAGGACACUAAACUGCUGAAAAAAGCCAACGUGGCAUGUCUGCUGACGUUCAGCCAGGCGCUCAAGGUGGCAGACCUGCCGAAAUCGCACGUCGCAGUGGUGUUCGAAAAGUACGACCACCACCUGUACUAUCCGAAUAUAAAAGUGGCAGCAAAAUAA